UCCUCUCCUCGCCCUCUAUCUCUCUCUUUGCCCGUGUCUUCUUCAUAUUUAUAGUUUAUUCCUUAACUGCAAGAAGAGCACUUCGUAUGCUCUGUCGUUCCCUGCAAACGACAUGGCAGCAGAGGCUUCGAGAUCUGGUGGGUCUGCCGAUUCCUACAUCGGCAGCUUGAUUAGCUUGACUUCAAAGUGCGAAAUCCGUUACGAAGGCAUUCUAUACAACAUUAACACUGAAGAAUCCAGUAUCGGGUUGAGAAAUGUAAGGUCAUUUGGAACGGAAGGAAGGAAGAAAGAUGGUCCACAAGUACCUCCAAAUGACAAAGUUUAUGAGUACAUCUUGUUCCGUGGAAGUGACAUCAAGGAUUUACAGGUUAAAUCUUCUCCACCUGUUCAGAGUACACCACCUAUACACAAUGAUCCUGCUAUUAUACAGUCUCACUAUCCCCAAUCUGCAUCUGUAUCUACAACCUUGCCUUCUGCCGGUAAUGGCUCUGUAACAGACAUUAAUUCGCACACAGCACAAUUGGGACUUCCCAGGUCAACAUUCCAGGGUGGUCUGCCAUUAUACCAACCUGGUGGGAGUUUAGGAUCAUGGGGGUCUUCACCUCCUCCUCCAAGUGCAAAUGGUAGUGGGCUAGCUAUGCCAAUGUAUUGGCAAGGAUACUAUGGACCCUCGAGUGGGCUUCCUCAUGUCCAGCAACAAUCUUUGCUUCGUCCCCCACCUGGCUUGUCAAUGCCUCCUUCUGUGCAGCAGCCAAUGCCUCUUUCUAUGCAGCAGCCAAUGCCGCCUUCUAUGCAGCAGCCAAUGCAAUAUCCUGGCAUGAAUGCUUCUUUACCAACAGCAGCUUCUAAUUUGACAGAAUUUCCUCCUAAUUUGAUUCCACCUAUUAGUAGUGGUUCCCCGAAUUUAAUCUCCACUAUUCCGCCACCAUCUACUUUACCAUCAACAAUGCCUCCUGUCCAGUCUUCUGCAGUAGCUUCUGAAACAUCAUCAAGUCUGAUGCCAAAUAAGGCCUCUACCCCUGCUCUGCCUACAGCAGCAUUGAAUACUGGCCUGCCGUUGGUGUCUCCAUUGACUACUACAACUCUGGAUGUAAAUCCCAUUGUACCACCAAUCUAUAAUAAGCCUAAGACAUUUCCUGGCUCAACCUUGCCUUAUCAAACUAUGUCUCAAUCUGUGCCAUCAGUUGUUGGGACAUCCAGUUCAAGUCACAACGAAAUAUCGACACCUUCUCUGGUAACUCCAGGUCAACUGUUGCAGCCUGUGCCAGCACCAAUAUCUUCAUCUCAUCCUUCACAACCUGUUCAUAAAGAUGUAGAGGUGGUUCAAACAUCAUCAUCAGAACCCCCGCGACCGACUCCAACAGAAUCUAAGGCACCAAUAUUACCAUUGCCUUCCCCAUCUGAACAAAAGCUGAAUGGAGGUCCUUCUCAUACUCGUCACAAUCAUAGGAGCCGUGAAAGAGGAAGAGGAAUUGGGGUUUCACGCCCUGUAACCAAAUUCACGGAGGACUUUGAUUUUAUGGCAAUGAAUGAGAAAUUCAAGAAGGAUGAAGUAUGGGGUCACCUUGGCAAAACUAACAAGACACACUCGAGGGAUAAUGAAGGAAAUGGGAAAGAGGCUGAUGGAGACGAUUCGCAAGAUGAAGAUGAUGCUGGAUCAUCGAACUCUGAGACUAAGCCUGUUUAUGUUAAGGACGAUUUUUUUGAUUCCCUUUCUUGCAAUGCACUUGAUCGUGGAGCACGAAAUGGAAGACCCAGGUUUUCUGAACAGCUGAAAAUAGAUACCGAGACUUUUGGAGAUUUUCCAAGGCAUCGCGGUGGCUACCGAGGUGGCCGUUUUGGUGGCCGUGGUGGAUAUUCCCGAGGUUCUAAUUAUGGGAGGGGGUAUGGCUAUGUUGGGAGGGGCCGUGGAUACAAUGUUCCGGGUCGUCCCAACUAGUUAGGGUUAGUAUUUUAUGGGUGACAUUGGUGGGAUCUAAUGCCUGGCAUCUGACCAGUGAAAUAGGAAAACUGAUGAUAGGCUAUGCUUGUAACUUGCCUGGUUGCUUGUGAUUGUGUUGGAAAUAAGCAAGUCCUCCAGACCCCAAGCCAUUUCUAGAAAAAAAUCUUUCAAUGAACAGAGAUAUAUAUCAAUUUUAUGGACCCAUGUUUGGUUUUGUUUU